CAUCCACUAUCAAGCCAAGCGUUCUAUAUGUAUUCUUCUUGCGUCGCCGAUCUCAUUGUUGUAGUCUGGAGAGAUCAGCUCUUAUCUACCGGUAUCCAGUGCGCGACUUUCAAGGUUCUAAUGUUCUAAGAAUAGCCGCUGACUGUGCUCCAAACGAACGAUCAUUUGCGCUGUAUACAAGAGAGAACAUGCACCUAUUGUAUGUUGAAAAUAAAUGAUAUGUAUUGGGUGGCACAGCACGUCACUCCCCAGUGAUGAGGAUAAUUUUUAGCGGUGUGAUCGACCGACCGAGAAUUUCAUCUCUACGAUAAGAAGGGACUGCAAACCAUAAUGCUGUGAUGCAUAGUCACAGACUCUCGAUGAGAAUACUUGAACGAUCGCGGUCUCGCUAGAUUCUCACAAUUUUGCCUCGAAACCGUCUCGAUGGCCUAUCAGCCACUGAAUCUGCAGCAUAGCAUUGCAGUAGAGCCCAUCAGCGAUGAAAUCACAUCUACCUCGACCCCUCGCCAGCAUAAUCCCUUCCAGGACGGCUUCCAGGACAUGCAAUUCGAUAGAGCAUCCGAUGCUGCCGCGACUGGUCACGGGAGCAAACAUGCACCGCAUUGGAGUUCGUCUACCAAUACGACAGUCGUCACGUCAGAGGAUUCCGGCCUCAAGUCCAAGCGCAAAGUCAACUUGACUCACGCAGACACCUGGACGCCGGAGAUAGUGACCCUGCUGGUCGGGGUGGCAGCUGUUUCCGCGAUUAUCGGGGUCAUUGCUCGAUACAAUGGACGCGCGUUGCCUGAAUGGCCCCACCAGAUCACGCUGAAUGCUCUCAUUGCAUUGCUAGCUACCAUCGCAAACGCGACCAUGUCCAUCACCUUAUCGAGUGGAAUUUCUCAAUCGAAAUGGAUUCGCUUCAAGCAGGCAGAGACACCGUUAUCCGACGUCGAGGUCUUCGACGAAGCUAGCCGGGGCUCUUGGGGUGCUCUGAAGCUGCUCAUGGAAAGGAGAGGCGGGUUCCUCAGCUCGCUCGGGGCACUGAUUGGCAUCCUUUCCCUCGCCCUUGGUCCAUUCGCUCAACAGAUUGCCACUUACAAGACCCGAAAUGUAGAAAGCGAUUUAGGAGCGGUCAUUCCUCGAGCUCUGAACUACAAUGGCGCCUUGAAGGGCAACACAAGCUCAACGGGCUACGUUCCUAUACUCCCACUGAAAGCGGCAGUGUACAAUGGCCUGUUCGCGGAAAACAAUAGGCCUGCUGCCUCGCUUCCCUUCACGUGCCAAAGCGGAAACUGUGCUUGGGAACCCUUCGAAACACUAGCAGUCUGUCACGAAUGCAUCGACAUCAGCGCGCUUGCCACGCGGUACUGUCCCUCCGAGUUUGGCCCCAACCCAAACGUCUCCACGUGCGGGUGGCAAGUGCCUCAAGGAGCCCGCCUAAACACCAGCUCAGACGUGUUCAGCAUGACCUCCUUCAUCCCGUCUGCAUACGGCGAUAUGCCGCACUCGACAUUGAUUCGAAUCAUUUUCAUGGGCACGGAGCUCCACAGCGUACCAGACGCGGUAAACGUCUGGGCCAAGCAAUGCAGUCUGCAAGCUUGCGUGCAGACGCUCUCGUCUUCAAUCGUGAACGGCACACUUCAGGAGAAGGUCACGCAGACAACCAACAACCAUAGCGUUGUCGAUAUGAGCUCGCCUGACUCAGAGUCAGAGUACGACGUGUACAUCAAAGGCGCGGACGAGCUCUAUCUCCUGGGCAUGGGUGCGCUUCUGAGCAUCCGUGGCUGGUUCGGGGCAAUCUUCACCAAUGGAUCAGCUACCAGGACAGCGACAGACUUCACCCGCAGCGUCACGGAUGCAGAUCGCGCUGUGGUAGUAAACCUUACCGUGGGCAUAUCCUCGGGUGAAACGUUCUUCGACACGGAUAUCAUCACUGCAUUCUACUGGAACUACUACGAGUACGCGGACGGUCUGAACAUGCUGAUGAGCGAUCUUGCAGUGUCAAUGACGACUGCCUUCCGCGGCUUCAUGGGCGCGGUGCCCGUGAGCGGGAAGUCGACAUCGAUGGAGUCGUACGUACAUGUGAGGUGGGGCUUUUCGAUUCUUCCCGUUGCCGUCGUUCUGGCGACGGUUCUAUUCUUGAUAGCAGGGAUGGUGUUGACGCGCAGGUCGCAGACGAAGCUGUGGAAGAGCAGUGCGUUGGCGGCGUUGUUCCACGGUCUGGACCACGACACCCGAGCACUGUUUGAUGCGGAGGAUGAUCUGGAACAGAAGAAGACGCAGGCGAAGCGGGUCAAGGUGAGAUUGCAGCAGGAUGCUUCGGAUGGGACUUUGCUGAGAGCUGGGAAGACGGAGGUGUCGGCGUAACGUCGUUGCUUUUCCGGGGAUUGGACGUAAAAUUGAGCGAGCAAAAGACAGUACUCCUUAAGCGGCUUCAAGCCUUUUGAUCUUCUCCGGAGGGCUGGGCUGAUGCAAUACUAAGG